GAGCGGUCUCUCUUCCUGGGGAACAGCCGCCGCUGGGUAGCCUCUCGUACAUAUCCUUGUUACGGCUGGUCGUCGUGAACAUCGAGCAGCGGCCCCAAGCCUCGAGCGUAGAAUUGAGCUGGACAUGAUUGCAGGGAGUCGGUAGGCGCCAGUAGUUUCGGCGCGUGCCAGUGCUUACAUCAGCCUCAUCGAUUUUUUUCUUCUUGCGUUCUCACCGCAACCACCACCCAAAAAGUCCCUUCCACCCUCCCCCUUCACCUUCUUUUCUACCUUUCAAAAAUGGAUGACGUGUUCGACGGUGCCAUUGGUAUUGAUCUCGGUACCACCUACUCUUGCGUCGGUGUCUGGCAAAAUGACCGUGUCGAAAUCAUUGCCAACGACCAGGGUAACCGGACAACACCUUCCUAUGUCGCUUUCUCUGCCGAGGAGCGACUUAUUGGUGACGCCGCCAAGAACCAGGCUGCCAUGAACCCUAAAAACACCGUCUUCGAUGCGAAGCGUCUCAUUGGCCGACGAUUUGAUGAUCCUGAUGUCAAGAAGGAUAUGGUCCACUGGCCGUUCACGGUUAUUGAAAAAGAUGGAUCUCCUCUGAUCCAGGUCCAGUACCUUGGUGAGGAGAAGACCUUCAGCCCACAAGAAAUCUCCUCCAUGGUCCUCACAAAAAUGAAGGAGAUUUCUGAGGCUAAGCUUGGAAAAACUGUUAAGAAGGCUGUCGUAACUGUUCCCGCUUACUUCAACGACUCUCAACGUUUGGCUACCAAGGAUGCCGGUGCCAUCGCUGGUCUCGACGUUCUGCGUAUCAUCAACGAGCCCACCGCUGCUGCUAUUGCUUAUGGUCUUGACAGGCAAACUAGCGCCGAGAAGAACGUCCUCAUUUUCGAUCUCGGUGGAGGAACUUUCGAUGUGUCACUCUUGAACAUCACUGGCGGCGUGUUCGCUGUCAAGGCCACUGCUGGUGACACCCACUUGGGCGGUGAGGACUUCGACAACAACCUUCUCGAGCACUUCAAGAAGGAGUUCCAGAAGAAGACUGGCCUCGACAUCUCAGAGGAUGCUCGUGCCAUUCGACGGUUGAGGUCCGCUUGUGAGCGUGCCAAGCGUACUCUCUCUAGCGUUACCCAAACCACCGUUGAGGUUGAUUCACUCUACCAGGGUGAGGACUUCUCCGCCAACAUCACUCGUGCUCGUUUCGAGCAGAUCAAUGAGUCUCUCUUCAAGUCCACCAUCGACCCCGUUGAGCGUGUCUUGAAGGAUGCCAAGAUGCCCCGUGAGAAGGUCGAUGACAUCGUUCUCGUUGGUGGUUCUACCCGUAUCCCCAAGGUGCAAUCGCUGGUUUCUGAGUACUUCGGUGGCCGUCAAUUGAACAAGUCUAUCAACCCUGACGAGGCCGUCGCUUAUGGUGCCGCUGUUCAGGCCGCUGUGCUCACUGGCCAGACCUCUGAGAAGACCCAGGACCUCCUUCUCCUUGAUGUUGCUCCCCUUUCCCUCGGUGUUGCUAUGCAAGGUGACAUCUUCGGUGUUGUCGUUCCCCGUAACACCCCCAUUCCCACCAACAAGUCCCGUACUUUCACGACUGUUGAGGACAAUCAGACCACGGUCACCUUCCCCGUUUACGAGGGUGAGCGUACUCAAUGCCGCGACAACCGUCUCCUCGGCGAGUUCGAGCUCAAUGGCAUUCCUCCCAUGCCUCGUGGCCAGGCCGAACUCGUUACCACCUUUGAAGUCGAUGCCAACGGUCUUUUGAAGGUCACUGCUCAGGACCGGGCUUCUGGCCGCAAGGCUCAGAUCAGUGAGUGCUAUCUAUAUGUUUGUUGCCCAUCAACUAACAACCUUGUCAUCAGGCAUUACCAACUCUGUUGGUCGUCUCUCGUCCGCUGAGAUCGAACAAAUGAUCAAGGAUGCCGAGCAGUUCAAGCAGGCCGACAAGGACUUCUCUGCCCGCCAUGAAGCUAAGGCAGACCUCGAGUCCUACAUCCACCAAGUCGAGAACACCAUCACCUCCCCCGAAAUCAGCAUGAAGCUCAAACGUGGUGCUAAGGCUCAGGUCGAGGCUGAGCUCGCUCGCGCGCUUGAGAAGUUGGAGAUUGAGGAUUCAGGUGCCGAUGAGCUCCGCAAAGCUCAACUCGGAAUCAAGCGUGCCCUCCAGAAAGCCACUGCUGGUCUUCGAUGAGGGGUUGCUUCGUAGCGGUACUGUAAUGCGUUAGGGUGGUCUGCAUUGUCGUGGUGUAUUUUUUCUUGUCUCCCUAUAUCCUAUUGCUUUGCGUUUUGUGUUUUUGAACUCCUUGCAAGAAUCAUUGAAUCAUGAGCAGUUUGUAAUUAUGUCAUUGAGGUACAAUCCAAAGAAAGAUGAAACUAGGGCUAC